UGCCCUCACAUGUUGAGCACUUCAGCUAAAGUACGACCGCAUGAGAGAAAACUCUGGAAACUGAAUGGGAACAAGAAAAAGAAGAAGGAGGGUCAAAGGAACUGAAGAGAGUCUUUAGAAGGGAUAAAAAAAAAAAGGUGAAUAUGAAUCCUGAUCCUGCAGCCACAGAACUGGAUUCCCCCGGGGUGACUCCUGGAAAUCCCACCCGUGAUGAACCAGACAACCAGAUCCAGGACCUGGAGCAGGAUCCGGUGCUUGUCUGGGUUCCCAGCGGGAGGCGUCUGAUCUCUGGUCUGCUGGGCAUGAAUGUGGUCCUGCUGGGAGCGGCUCUGGUGGCCGGCCAGGCUUUUCACCCCGAGGGCCUGAAGCACCAGGAGCCCCAGGUGUUCAUGCUGCUGCUGAUGGGGGUCAGUUUGAUCUGGAUGCUGUGGUACCUGCUGUGGGCCAGGAAACAGCCCGGCAUCUCCCCACAUAAAGACCACCAUGCUGGGGGAAUCACUGUCAUCUUGGUCCUGAUCCUUUUCAGUGCCUUCAGUAUGCUGCUGUACAUCUGCAGGAUUGGUUAUUUGAUCAGUGUGAGGGAGUGCAAGCCUGUCGCUAAAGUGCUCUCUCCAUUCAUAGAGGCUCCUUUUCUCGUGCUGCAGACAUAUUUGCUGUGGGCUCACUCCAAGGACUGCAUUCACAGGCACAAGAUAAUCACCAGGACCGGGCUGAUGGUGAUCCUCUCUGCUGACCUGCUGCUGUGGCUGAACGCAGUCACAGAGGACACCAUCCAUCAGGAGAUCGAGUUAGAAAAGGAAGACAAGAUUCAUUUCAGCAACACAAACUCAUCUGAAGCAGACGUCUCUGAUUUAGCAGAUAAUUCGAGCCUGUGUCAGUGCAGCGCUAGUGCAGCCUGCCUCACCUUCAGGAAAGGCUUCGAGAUCCUUUAUCCCUUCAACAUCGAGUACUACCUGAUGGCAGGCUGCAUGAUCUAUGUGAUGUGGAAGAACGUGGCCCGCAGGAUGAGUCCGGGUCACCACGUUACUCAGAAGAUGACCCUUCGCAUCCUCCAACAAGGUGGGAUCAUAUACGGCCUCGUGCUUGGCGCCCUGGUGCUCAUAGCGGGAGUGACCGUCUUCAUUCUCUACCAGGUCUGGGUGAGCCAGCAGCAGCUUCGCCUCAGGGCCUUCCUCAUAUUUUACGGCUACCAUUUAGCUGUCAUGCCUGUCAUGUCUCUCUGCUCCCUGGCCGGGAUGCUGGUCCACAGGCUGGAGAGGAGGGCGCACGAAGGGGGACACAACCCUACUCGUCGACUGGAUGUGAUCCUCCUGGUGGCGGCAGCUCUGGGCCAGCUCGCUCUCUCCUACUUCUCCCUAGUGGCGGCCCUGGCAUUGGGGACUAAUGGACCUCUGGGUGACCUGGACCUGUCCUUCUCCCUCCUCAGCCUGCUGGAACUCAUCCUCCAGAACAUUUUCAUCAUCGAAGGCCUCCACAGGCACCCGAGUCUUCUCGCAAAGAGGAAGGAGAGGCAGAGGAGCAGCAUAUUUAAGCCGAAGAAAAAGGUUACUGUGCCAAUACAAGAGGAGAGGACGACGGAUAUCUCACUGCUGGAGGGUAACGCGUCAGCACGCCCUGCUGGUCAAGAGCAUGAUGGGAAAGAGUCCUGGACCAAAAGAGCGCUACAAGAAAUCUGUGCUUUCCUCAUCCUCUCCAAUAUCAUGCUGUGGGUCAUCCCUGCCUUUGGAGUCCACCCCCAGUUUGAGAACGGCCUGGGGAAGGAGUUUUUUGGCUUCAGCACCUGGUUUGUUCUGGUGAACCUGGGCCAGCCGCUCAGUGUUUUCUACAGGAUGCACUCGGUGGGAGCUUUGAUGGAGCUGUUCAUCUCUGCAUGA